AUGACAACGACAACGACAACGGCAACAACAACAACAAUACAACGACAAUACAACGACAAUACAACGACAAUGCAACGACAAUGCAACGACAAUACAAUGACAAUACAACGACAAUACAAUGACAACGACAACGACAACGACAACGACAACGACAACGACAACGACAAUACAAUGACAAUACAACGACAAUACAACGACAAUACAACGACAAUACAACGACAAUACAAUGACAACGACAACAACAACGACAACGACAAUACAACGACAAUACAACGACAAUACAACGACAAUACAAUGACAAUACAACGACAAUACAACGACAAUACAACGACAAUACAACGACAAUACAACAACAAUACAACGACAACGACAAUGACAACAACAAUACAACAACAAUACAACGACAAUACAACGACAACACAAUGA